AUGUACCGAUUAGCGUCGUCGAUUGAGGGACCCGAUGAAGAAUUACCCAUUAUAGGGAUAGCGCAUACUCUGACUGGAAGCACUGAAGAUAUAAUGACAACAAUGCAAAAAUUCAGUUAUCUUGCGAUGAAGAAUGAUGGGAUUGUGCGCGGAUGGCUAGGACACAUCCUUUACUUUCUCGUUGUAGACCCAUUGGACCUGGAGUUCGUGUUAAGAACCUGUUUGGAGAAGGAUGAUCUGCAUCGUUUUAUAAGAAAUAUUCUCGGAUAUGGCGGAAUUUAUGCACCAGUGGCAAUCUGGAGGAAACGGCGUAAGAUAUUAAUUCCAGCCUUUAGUCCAAAAAUAGUUGAAAAUUUCGUAGAAGUGUUUUCGGAACAAAGCGAGAAGUUAGCUGUAAAAUUAAAGGCGGUCGAAGGCUGUGGUCAAGUUAGAGCUUGGCCUUUUCUCAGCACUUACACUCUCGACGCUGUGUGUGAGACGGCAAUGGGAAUAAAAAUAAAUGCACAAGAUAACCCAAAUGCGCCAUUUUUAAAAGCGAUGCAAAUUAUGCUCAAUUUAGUUACUGAAAGAAUUUCCCACUUGUGGUUGCAACCAGACUGGCUGUACAAAUUCUUCCCACAGUACUCAAAGCACCAAAAAUAUUUAAAGGUGAUGCACGAUUUCAUAGAUGAGGUUAUACAUAAUAAAAGAGAAGACUUGAAAAAGGAAAGGAGUAACCAACCAGAGAUGGAUAACGAUUUUAAUCUGGGAAAUUACAAGAGGCAAUCGUUCCUUGAUCAUUUGAUUAAUCUCUCUGGAUGUAAGAAAGGAUAUAGCGAUAAGGAGUUGAGAGAAGAAGUUCUGACAUUAACUAUAGCAGGCAUAGACACCUCCGCUUUGACUAUUGGUUUUACUUUAAAAUUGUUAGCAAAGUAUCCAAAGGUACAAGACAGAGUUUUUCAAGAGCUACAAGAAGUAUUUGGUAACUCCAAUCGACCAUUAGUUAAAGAAGACUUAAUAAAUUUAAAGUAUCUCGAGAGGGUGGUAAAGGAGACACUUAGGUUAUUUCCUCCGGGUCCGUUCAUUAUUAGAAAAGUUUUGCAGGACCUCGCUUUACCUUCAGGUCGCAUCCUUCCUGCUGGCUCUGGUAUAGUAGUCAGCAUCUGGGGUGUUCAUCGAGAUCCGAAAUAUUGGGGUCCAAAUGCUGAAUGUUUUGACCCUGACAGGUUUCUGCCUGAGAGGUUUAAUUUGCAACACGCGUGUAGCUAUAUGCCUUUUAGCAAUGGACCAAGAAACUGUGUUGCUUACCAAUACGCCUUGAUGUCAGUAAAGACAGCUUUAUCUGCGAUUCUCAGACGAUACAAGAUUGUGGGAGACGAAGAGCCUGGCCCCAUUCCUUUCAUUAAAACAAAGUUGGACAUCAUGAUGAAAGCAGUCGAUGAUUACGAAAUAGCUCUAGAGAAAAGAACCCUUAUAUAA